AUGAGCUCCAACAUGGCUACAGCUGGGCCAGCGACUGUGGCUGCCCCCAGGAAGGAGUCCCCGGGCAGGUGGGGCCUGGGAGAGGAGCCCACAGGCGCGGGCCCCUCGCUGCAGUGUCGCGUGUGCGGGGACAGCAGCAGCGGGAAGCACUAUGGCAUCUACGCCUGCAACGGCUGCAGCGGCUUCUUCAAGAGGAGCGUGCGGCGGAGGCUCAUCUACCGGUGCCAGGUGGGGGCGGGGAUGUGCCCGGUGGACAAGGCCCACAGGAACCAGUGCCAGGCCUGCCGGCUGAAGAAGUGCCUGCAGGAGGGCAUGAACCAGGACGCUGUGCAGAAUGAGCGCCAGCCGCGGAGCACGGCCCAGCUCCGACUGGCCAGCGUGGAGUCAGACCCGGAGCCCCGGCUGGAGGCCCUGGGGGCCCCCCUGGCCCCGGCGGGGCCCAGCCCACGGGGCCCCACGCCUGUUUCUGCAGCCAGAGCCCUGGGGCCUGGGGCCCUCACGCCGCCGGGGCACCACCACUUCAUGGCCAGCCUUAUAACAGCCGAAACAUGUGCUAAGCUGGAGCCAGAGGAUGCCGACGAGAAUAUUGAUGUCACCAGCGAUGAUCCGGAGUUUCCCUCAUCCCCAUACUCCUCCUCAUCGCCCUGUGGCCUGGACAGCAUCCAUGAGACAUCAGCUCGCCUUCUCUUCAUGGCUGUCAAGUGGGCCAAGAACCUGCCCGUGUUCUCCAACCUGCCCUUCCGCGAUCAGGUGAUCCUGCUGGAGGAGGCAUGGAGUGAACUCUUCCUCCUCGGGGCCAUACAGUGGUCUCUGCCUCUGGACACCUGCCCACUGCUGGCCGCACCCGAGGCUCCUGCUGCCGGCAGCUCCCAGGGCCGGUUGGCUCUGGCCAGCACCGAGAGCCGCAUCCUGCAGGAAACAAUCUCACGGUUCCGAGCGUUGGCGGUGGACCCCACAGAGUUUGCCUGCAUGAAGGCCCUGGUCCUCUUCAAACCAGAAACUCGGGGCCUGAAGGAUCCUGAGCACGUGGAGGCCUUGCAGGACCAGUCCCAAGUGAUGCUGAGCCAGCACAGCAAGGCGCACCACCCCAGCCAGCCUGUGAGGUUUGGGAAGUUGCUCCUGCUUCUCCCAUCUUUGAGGUUUAUCACUUCCGAACGAGUUGAGCUCCUCUUUUUCCGCAAGACCAUAGGGAAUACUCCAAUGGAGAAGCUCCUUUGUGAUAUGUUCAAAAACUGAGGGAGGAGGAAGUAAAUGGGUCCAACUACUUUAGGAAACAGCCUACUGAAGGCACUCACUUGCCUGCCCUGUGACCCAGCAAUCCCACCUGUAGGUAUGUGUCCCAAGCAGAAAUAUCCACCAAAAGAUAUUAUGAAAAUAAUCACAGCAGCUUUAUUCAUAAUAGCCCCUGACUGUACAUCGGCAGUAGGAUGAAUUAAUAAAUUAUGGUAUAUUCAUUUAAUGGAAAACAGCAAUCAAGAAGAAUCAACUACCAACACAUGUGACAACAUGGAUGAAUUUCGCAGACAUAAAAGUAGAACGAAAGAACUUUGCCAGGCACAGCUUCUGCUUAUACAAAGUUCAUGAGCAGGCAAGACUAACCGGUGGUGGCGGAAGCUGGAAUAGUGUUUACCCCUGGGGUAGGGAGGUGGGGUGGUUGGAAAGGGCCCAGAGGAGCCCUCUGGUGACUAGAAAUACUCUUGAUGUUGACCUAGGUGGUGGUUUCACAAAUUCUCUCAUUCAUAAAAAUUAAUUGAGCCGCACACUUAAGAUUUGUGCACUUUACUGUAUUAUGUUAAAUCUCAAUAAAAAAGUGGAAAAAAAAAAUAAAACCAAGAAAACAAAUGUGUUAAAGGCUCUCCAUUGGAGAACACUGAAGUAAUGAGCACAAGCUCUUGUGUUCCAUCUGGUUUCCAUACCACGGCAAGAGUCCAGGGGCAACACAUUCAAGCCCAGCUUCAAAAUCUCCCACCAGAGUCAAAACCCAGCCUCUCUCCAGAUGGGGUCCCAUCACUCCACAGGCGCUGUCGGUGUUUCUCUUCCUGUCCUUCCUCACCCCUCCAUAAACAAAGGUGAGCACAUCUGACUUGAUGCCAGGCAGCUACAGGCAAUUUUUUUAGAAGGGGAGUCUCUCUCACUUCUUAAUUCCUUAUGGAGAGAUGCUCAGAAAAACCUCCUCCUUUGCAAAGACAGACCCAAAAGACCUAGGAAAUGAUAGUAAUGCAAAAAGGGAACUUGUAUGCGCCACUUGAUGAUACACCAGGCAGUGAACUGAGUGCUGAAUGGGCAUUGAUAUUCAAUCCUCAAAUUAGCUCUGGGACAGGGACCAGUCAUCCCCAGUGAUAAAUGAAAAAACUGAGGCUUGGAGA